AGUAGGUACCUAUAAUAUUUGGAAAUAAUAAAAAUGGAGUUCAUUGUCCACGAAAACUACAAUAAUAUUAUUAGUUGUAUUAAUAGUUUAGUGUUCAUGAUAAAGUCUGUACAUUGAACGAUGCGCCUACUAAGGUCUCUAUGACAACAUAGAUGGAUCACUUUGCUCAUGGUUUUCACUUCCAUGCCGAGUACCUACAUUAUACUUUGUCAUGACUUAUGUUAAAAUAAUAAGUGUUCAUUAGAAGGACAUACUAUAACAUCAAUGAACAAAUGCAGCACAAUUUACUUACCACUAGAUAGCAUUGGACAUUGUGAUUAUUCAUAGGCUGGGAUCAGUAGCAGAGAAGAAACAUAUUUAUUUGAUGAUCACUGCACUUCAGUCAUCAUCUACAUGCCAAUUAAAACCGUUGGGAGUCCAUUCUAUCAUUCCAAAUUCCGUUGGUUGCAACUAUAUAUUAUUAUUUGCAAUAAUUAUUUUCGGAUGGUAACUGACGAACACGUUGAAAAAUGACUAACUUAUUUCUCCGUUUGGUGACAAAAAUUGGAACACCAUUAGACAAAACAUUACCACAGAUAAGCAAGGCCUCAUGGACCAUGUCAAAACUCAUCAGUCGGCCAAUACAUAUAACCUGCAGUGCACGAGAUGCAGAAAUUUCUUCCAUUCUGGAACAAAGAAUUUUGGGAGCUCCACCCAAAGCUGAUUUAGAAGAAACAGGUAGAGUUAUAACUAUUGGUGACGGUAUUGCUCGUGUUUAUGGAUUAAAAAAUGUCCAAGCAGAAGAGAUGGUAGAAUUUUCCUCUGGAUUGAAGGGUAUGGCUCUUAACUUAGAACCUAACAAUAUAGGGGUUGUAGUAUUUGGCAAUGACACACUAAUCAAAGAAGGCGAUGUUGUGAAACGUACUGGUACUAUUGUGGAUGUACCAGUCGGCGAUGACCUGCUUGGACGUGUGGUUGAUGCAUUGGGCAAUACUAUUGAUGGUAACGGACCAUUGACAUCUAAGCUUAGGUACCGUGUUGGUAGAAAGGCACCUGGUAUAAUUCCCCGUGUGGCUGUGCGAGAACCUAUGCAAACUGGUAUUAAGGCUGUUGACUCACUUGUGCCUAUUGGUCGUGGUCAGCGGGAAUUGAUCAUUGGAGACAGACAGACUGGUAAAACUGCUUUGGCUAUUGAUACCAUUAUCAACCAAAAGAGAUUUAAUGAUGCCCAAGAUGAAAAGAAGAAACUAUAUUGUAUCUAUGUUGCUAUUGGACAAAAGAGAUCGACUGUUGCCCAAAUUGUAAAAAGGUUAACAGACACCGGCGCAAUCAAGUAUACCAUAAUUGUAGCAGCUACAGCUUCUGAUGCAGCUCCCCUGCAAUACCUCGCCCCAUAUACUGGAUGCGCCAUGGGCGAAUUUUUCAGAGACAACGGCAGGCAUGCCCUUAUUAUCUAUGAUGAUUUAUCCAAACAAGCUGUUGCUUACCGUCAAAUGUCCCUGUUGCUGAGGCGUCCACCCGGUCGUGAGGCCUACCCCGGUGACGUGUUUUACCUUCACUCUCGUCUUUUGGAACGAGCAGCCAAGAUGAGUGAUUCUAUUGGUGGUGGAUCUUUGACCGCUUUGCCUAUAAUUGAAACCCAAGCGGGUGAUGUGUCUGCGUACAUUCCAACUAACGUAAUUUCCAUUACUGAUGGACAGAUUUUCUUGGAAACUGAAUUAUUUUACAAAGGAAUCCGUCCAGCUAUUAACGUUGGUCUGUCCGUGUCUCGUGUCGGUUCUGCUGCUCAAACUAAGGCCAUGAAACAAGUAGCUGGUUCCAUGAAAUUGGAAUUAGCUCAGUAUCGUGAAGUAGCAGCAUUUGCUCAAUUUGGUUCCGAUUUGGAUGCAUCUACUCAACAACUUUUGAAUCGUGGGGUCCGUCUGACUGAGUUAUUAAAACAAGCACAAUAUGUACCAAUGGCCAUUGAAGAACAAGUUGCUGUUAUCUACUGUGGCGUACGAGGAUUCCUUGAUAAAAUGGCACCAUCCAAAAUUACUACAUUUGAGAAAGAAUUCUUACAACACAUAAAGACCUCUGAGAAAUCAUUAUUGGCAACUAUCGCAAAAGAAGGAAAAAUCACAGAUGAAACAGAUUCAAAAUUGAAAUCUGUUGUUACUAAUUUCUUAGCUUCAUUCUAAAAUGUACGAUUAUAAUUAACUGAAAUUGAAAUCGAAAUAGUAAUUUUUUUAUUUGA